AGUGCUGCUCUGUUAUGAGAGUAGCAGCAGCAGCGAGCUGGAUAGCUUACAUAUAGUGUUGUGUUAUUGGGGUAUACCCUAUAUAUAGCAGUGCGUACAGAAUUGCUGCGACCACUGUCAAAAUCAGCGUUUCGUCUCAUUAGUACAUCAUCGAUUGAUCGACGCUCCGUUUUCACGCUUUCCUCGGCUGCACUUCGAGCAUUAAUUCGUUCGUGUAUAAAACAACAUGCUUCAGUUCCACCGUCGUUGCGGCGAAAGGGUUAACUUGAUCAACGACAAUUGCACUGCUAGUCGAUCUAUUUCCGAAUAUAAUUACGGUUUGGUUUUUAGUGCCGAGCCUCUGCGCGACGAUGAAGUUUUUCAAGUACAGAUCGAUAAAAAGGUGACAAUAUGGAGUGGAAGCAUAGAAAUUGGAGUUACAGCUUGUGAUCCAGAAAAUACUAAUUUAGCAGCCUUAGCAACUGAUUUGAGACAUGGCUCUUGGAUAUUGACUGGUUCGCGUAUUGUUCAUAAUGGUGCUUCAACUGUGGAAUCGUAUGGAACAGACUUGAGUACUUUGACUGAAGGCAGUAUACUUGGUGUAUCUCGAACGUCAAAAGGAGAAUUAGUAUUUUAUGUCAAUGGUGUACCACAAGGAAUAGCUGCAACUGGUGUUCCUGCAAAAGUAUUUGCAGUUAUAAAUAUGUUUGGAAACUGCAUCCAAAUAUCAAUUGUUCAACCAGUAAUUGGAAUAAAUGGAAAUGUUGGUGAAUGUCAAAGAAUAGAAAUUAACAAUGAUUAUGGAAUGGAUGAAGCUUCUAGUUCUUCAACAACCAAUUUAGUCACAAACUUAAAUGUAAAUCACAAUGUUUUACCAAAAAAUCAUAGUUUAGCUGCUAUUCGAGAAGAUAGAUUGAGGUUUCAUGAAAGAGUUGGUACAUUAGUAAAGUUAUCAAAUAAUGCACGUACUGCAGAACGAAGAAAUCCAACAGAUGAAUUUAAUAAUGGAGUUGUUAUGACUCACAGACCAUUAAAAGAUAAUGAAUUAUUUGAAAUUCGAAUAGAUAAAAUAGUUGAUAAAUGGUCCGGUAGUAUAGAAGUUGGUGUUACUACACAUAGUCCAACUGCUUUAGAAUUUCCUGCCACCAUGACAAACAUGCGUUCUGGAACCACCAUGAUGUCAGGCUGUGGUAUAUUAACAAAUGGUAAGGGGACACAAAGAGAAUAUGGAGAAUUCAAUUUAGAUGAACUUAGGGAAGGAGAUAGAGUGGGCAUGAUUAGAAAAAGCAACAGUAAUUUGCAUUACUAUAUUAAUGGCCUGGAUCAAGGGUGCGCAGCUAAAGUUCCUUCUACUGUUUGGGGAGUCAUAGAUCUGUAUGGAAUGACUGUAAAAGUAACCAUAGUUGAUCGCGAUGAAAGAGAAGAACAGAAUCUCAUAACAAGAAGAAACACACUGCAGUUGCAAGGAAUAAAUGAAACAGGAGAACCAGAAGAAGUAGUGGAUAGAUUAAUGUUUCAUGCCUGUUGUGGUACUCGAGCUGAUGUUAUAAACAACGGGAGAACGGCUCAUAGACCUAAUGCCAUCGACGAUUUUAAUAAUGGCGUAGUAUUAACUUCACGACCGUUGCGACCAAACGAAUUAUUCGAAGUCAGAUUAGAUAAAAUAGUCACCAAGUGGGCUGGAUCCAUAGAAAUCGGGGUUACCACACAUUCACCCACAGAGCUUGAGUUUCCUUUUACCAUGACCAAUGUCCGCUCUGGUACAUGGAUGAUGACUGGAAACGGUGUAAUGCACAAUGGUACAACGAUGAUCGACCAUUACGGGCAAAAUCUCGACAGACUACAAGUUGGUGAUAGAGUUGGAGUUAUGCGCAAAGAUAACUCGACUCUUCAUUUUUACGUCAAUGGAACCGAUCAAGGCGUUGCCGCUACUGGUGUUCCGGUUAAAGUUUACGGUGUCAUUGACCUUUACGGACAAGCAGCUCAGGCUACUAUAGUCGAUAACUCAGACUUUUGCAGUCCUACAACGAUCAAUUCAAGUAUCAGCAAUACAACUCUUUAUUGUGAUUUACGAUUUCAUCACGUUCAUGGAAGAAAUGCUCGAAUUACGAACAAUGGACUUACGGCCUCGCGACCUAGAGCAUUGGGUGAAUUUAAUGAUGCCAUUGUCAUAGCGAAUCGAGCUCUGCGCGAUGGUGAAAUGUUUGAAGUAGUAAUUGAUAAGAUGGUUGAUCGUUGGUCGGGUGCAAUUGAAGCUGGAGUCACCGCUAUUAGACCAGAUGAAUUGGAAUUUCCAUCAACCAUGACAGACAUUGACUACGAUACUUGGAUGCUGUCCGGUAUGACAGUAAUGCUCGACGGAGCAGCUGUGCGUAAUAAUUAUGCAUGCGAUCUUGACAAGUUAUGCGAAGGUAAUCGUAUUGGAAUGAUGAGGUGGCCCGAUGGUAGUCUCCAUUAUUACUUAGACGGGGUUGAUCAAGGCGCGGCUUGCACGGGUCUUCCAGCUCAUGUUUAUCCUGUAAUCGAUCUGUAUGGACAGUGCGCUCAGGUAACUAUAGUAGUACCCGAACGACGAGAUAUUGGCUUACAACAAUAUCUGGCUUCGGAAAACAGUAUAACUAGUCAGCAACCUACAUCGAUCUUGCAACCAGUCGGACAAGUUGAUGCGACUCACAAAUUCCAUAAGUCAGUUGGUAACAACAUUCAAUUGGACAGCAGUCGAGCUGUGGCGACCAGAUGUCGCAAAUACAGCAACGCAGUUUUACUCAGCGAAUCACCUUUAGAUAAUAACGAACUGUUCGAAAUUUGCAUUCAGGAAAUUGCUAAGGAAUGGAGUGGAUCCCUGAGAAUUGGGGUAAUAAGUAACGACAGUGGCAGUUGGUUAACUUCUAUGAAUUUAGUGCAAAACAUGACUUCCUUGCCUGUCGAUACGUGGUACCUUACUGGAAAUCAAAUACGUCACAAAGACCACUGUCUCUGUUGGAAUUACUGUCCGAGUCUCGAUUGGUUGCGAGUAGGUGACAAAAUUGGUUUGAAACGGACAAAUGAGGGAAAUCUCAAGUUUUACGUUAAUCGUGAGGACAUGGGCAUAGCCGCUACAAAUAUUCCUGAAAACUGUUAUGCUAUUGUUGAGUUGUUUGGAAGUACAGUUGCCGUCUCUAUAACUAGUACGAAGCAACAAAACAAUAACGCAGCAUCGCUGAAUGUAAUAUCGCAAGACGCUAGUCUAAGAUUGCAGGAUUCAUUGGAAUUAUUACUUGACCCUAUACCAGCCGUCAUUAGAAGUGAUGGAGCAAUGGAGACAUCGGCAGAUGCUUGUAUCGAAAGCAAAGUAUUGGAACCUACGACGCCAACACAAGCAACACAAACACUUGCGGGAGAGUCAGAUUAUGCCUAUGAGUUUUAUGAAAAUCAUGGCAGAAACGUGCAAUUAGAUAAAAAGACCACUGCUCGAAGAGUUGCUAGCUACAAUCAAGGAGUUGUGAUGGCAAAUAAGCCAUUAAUAAAGAACAAAUUAUUCCAAGUGAAAAUUGACAAAAUUAAUGAACGCUGGGUAUCGGGAAUAUUAGUUGGAGUGUCUGGUGUACCACCAGAAAAAGUAACUUUUCCCGUUACUGCAUUGGGUUUAAAAAAACACUCUUGGGUCAUUUGCAGUGACUGGAUAUCGCACAAUGGAUCAAGGACACGUUCAUCUUAUGGUGCCAAUUUGGAAACAUUACGCGCUGGUUCAACGGUCGGCUUGUUGCUGGAUGAAGAUUCCAGACUACAUCUUUACAUUGAUGGACUCGAUCAGGGUAUCGCUUUCUCUGAUCUACCCGCUAAUGUCUACGCAGUAGUCGAUCUUUACGGUCAAUGCGAACAAAUUUCUAUCAGUGGCACGUCGAAUCCAACCACUGAGACGACAGACAAUGAAUUAUUGACCAACAUGGAAAAUUUAGCUUUAGCCACCGAACUUGAGGAUGUCGAGAAUUCACGCGAAAAAGCUGACUUGGAAUAUCACGAAAAAGAAAGUCAAUCUGCUGUAGCUGUUGAAGGGUUGUCUUUGGAUAACGAAAUGGUCAUUCGCAAUGAAUAUGGCACAGGUGAAUUUGAAAUAGAUUCUGAAUCAGAUGCAUCUGGAUUCCGCUCUAUAGCUGCUAAAAAUAUCGUAAGAGCUUAUGAUUCAAGCAAUUCAAACUGCGCUGAAUCGAGUGGAACGCUAUUAUCGAACAUCGAUAUUCCAGAUAACGAUGAGAAUAACAUACUCGCUGAAUCUUCAGCUUGCAGCCACGUCAAGUUGAAUAACGCAACUAACAUAAAUAUACGUAAUGAUGCCGUCCUCAGUACAGCUAACAUGAGUAGUAUCAAUGAAGCAAUCACCUCUAGCAAUGCCAAUAAUGCCAUUAAUGAAAGUAUUGCUUCUAAUGCAUCUUUAUUGCAUAACAACAUGAAUAAUGUUGGAGGAUUGCAGAGUAUGACCCAAAGUUCUAAUACGAAAUCGUGGGACGUAACUAAUUUACCUGCACCUGCUGCAGUAACUGCACCCCGUGAAUUGGUUCUCAACUUACAUAGAAAUCCAUUGAGUUUUUCGCAAACGCUACCAAAUAACUGCCUGACGACGAGUAGCAACGUGUUGCCGCCGCCGCCAUCAGUGUCUGUCCCGUCCACGCCUCUCGCUCAGCCUUCGAAACGUUGCGAAUACCUCAAAGCUUGCAUGCGCCUCAAAUCUUCGCUUGUAUUGCCUGACGAAUAUUUUUCCCACGACGAGACCAUUUGCUAUUGCAGUUCCUGCUUUAAGGUCGAUAGUGAAUCAGCUAUUUGUAAAAAGGGUGAGCCAGUCGCUGAGUUUGCAGUACCCGUCGGUUGGGUUCGAUUUCCUUUGAAACACAGCGUAAACGCUAAUCAAAUACCGCAAAGUACUACGGAUAAAUGGCAUGUGGCAUUUUAUGCAACAAGAAUCGAUGCUAUAAGGUGUAUUCUCGAUCGAGGAGAGCUUUUGUCUCGAGAACAAUUGGACCAUGAUUCAUUAAUUACUGGUACUAGCAAUGAAGUUCAGAAUUCUCUAGUCACUUUUUCCCCGAACGUCAAAGGCGUUAAAUUUAUAGAUUUUACAAAACAAAAUUCGUACACGGACACGCAUCUAGAUCGAAAUUUCAACGUGUCAAUAGCGUUCCAAUUAUUAGCAAGGCCAGGUUCGUAUACAACCGUAUCUAGCAAGAAGACUGGAGAGCAUGAACAUGUUAAAUGGGCUACUAAAGAAACAGGUGCAACCGUUAUAAUAGCACUUCUUGUACAUCUAGAUGGGUUCUAAAGUUCAACUAUGAAUAUUAUUGUUAAUCAUGAAAUUGAGAACUAGUUUUAGUUUGAAUUUAAUUCCCUCUGGAAUCGGAAGCUUUUGAAAUCCACAAUCGCACAUAUGUAUAUUUCUAUGCGUAAUUUAUAAAAUUACGAUCAAGCAGAAUUGUAUUAAAAUUUUUCACUUGAAACAGCGGUAAAAUUUAUCGAAUCAAUUUGUGCCGCAAAUAAUUUACCUUCGUUUUUUUCAUAGUAAUAAAUAAGAAAUAAAAUCUUCAAUCAAAUUGUCAGAUUUUGAAAAAUCAUUUCAAUUACUAAUAAAUGCACAAUCUCACAAGUAUUAAUCUUAAUGAACUUUUUUGAGGGGAUUGAACAAAACCUUGUUGCAAUUAACGUCAAAAUUUUUGAUGAUUUUGAAGGCACAAUCUGUUUCUUGAUCUUACUUAAAUAAUUCCAAAGUGACAUUUUGUAAAACUUUUUUGAAGUAAGUCAUUUACCACAAUUUAUUUGGUUGAAAUAAUGAACAUAAUUAAUUAAGUAAUAAUUAAUUAAGUAAUGGAUCAGUAAUUGUAUGUUAAGAUAUUAUAUGAAUAACUAAAAAAGUGUUAAAUGAAUUUAUAUUUUGUGAUAACAUACAAAAAUGAAUACAUCGAGACGACUGCAAAUAUUGCAAAAUUAAGCUAUUUUUUAAUCUCAACGAAAUCGUAUUUAUAACAGUGAAGAGAUAAAAAACUUACAAUAUUGAUCGAUUAUGUACAAAUAUUAACCUAUGGAAUGUCUAAAUAAUGUCAAGCUAUUACAAUAGUGAUCUCUCAAUUCUAUAGAGGCAUUAUCAAUGUUAGACCUCUUAAUAUUCAAAAUGCCUAUAGUAUAAAAUUAUGCAGAAUAAUUAGGUUUUCAAUGUUUAUUAAAAAAAUAAUACGUUAAUAAAUGUAAGUGCAAUUACACAAAAUACAAAAUAACUCAUUUUAUACUAUAUUUUCAAGAGUUUGCGCUCUACUUUGAACAUUUCAACGCAAAUUUAAGAAAUUAAAAUGAGUACGAAUAAUGAGUUUUUGAAACUAUAUUAAAAAUUCUCAUGUUUUGAUAAUUCGAGGUAUGUUUUGUGCGUAAUUUAUAUUCAUUCCGAAUGCUUGGAAUCGCAUUGAAAACCACUAAAUAGAUUAUUUUUGAUCAUUUAAGUGCAUUUUUAUAAAAAAACUGGUACAAUCAUAUUGCAAUUAAUGACGCAAACAAAUUAAAAUUAUUAUCUUAAUAUAAAAAUCUCUAUUGAUGUUGAUAAUUACCUGAUUAAGCGUAAAAAAGUAAGUAAAAAAUUUCGCUAACACCAACAGUGACGAUUAAAUACAAAAGAGAUUGAAAGUAUUCAAACGAACAAAUCGAAUUUUACAUCAACUUAUUUAUUUAGUAACAAAUUGUAUAACAACUGUAUCUGAUUCUAUUAUAUUUAGUAACAAAUUGUAUAACAACUGUAUCUGAUUCUAUUAUGAAAUAAUCGAAAUCGGAAAUCAUCAAACCUCACAUGAACAUGUAUACUUUUUACAUGACUUGCAUUAGAGGAACGUUUGAUUUGCACGUUAUUCGUUCACAUAAAUAAUAAUAAAAUGAAAAGCGUCGUUUGUUGAACAUAAAUGAAGUUAAGGGUAAAUGUCUACAUAUGAGUAUCCAAAAAAGCUCAUUACUGAGAUUUUAUUUUAUAUUGUCAAAAUAAUGAUUUUUAAUCAAAUAAAUAAACUAAUUGUAAAUUGUAAUUUUUACACGCAUAAGUUACGAUAUAUAUUGUGGAAGGUGGAUAAAUGAUCAAAUCAACUUCAAUCGAAAUAAUUAUUUUUAUUUAUUGAUUGAUCACAAAUUAUUACUGGUGUACAAUGUAAUGCUCGAGAAUAUUAGUUUUAUUAUGCCACACGAUAACAUAUUAAUCUAUUGUAUUAUAUUUCAGCUAGCAAAGAGAACAGAAAUACGUUUACCUUAUUUCUCUUUUCGAUUAAUAAAAAUGUACAUACUUCGGAA